CUGUAGCAGGGGUCUCUUCCACUUGGGCAGCAGAGCGAGUUAUUUCGGCUCAAGCACUUUGAGAUGUGUAGCGCGACACCUGUUAAUAUCAUUGGAGACAAGUUUGGAAAACAAGUGCUGAAGUUUUGAAUAAAACGGCUCAGUGGUUGUCCAAGUGAUACAUUUGGUUGGACAAAGAAAAGCGUAACGAGUUUCCCAAACUUUGGAAAGAGAGUAGAGCAAGUGGACGUUUAUCCGAAACCUGUUUUCUACCCUGAGGUUCAGACCCCGAGAGCGGCUGCAUGAAGAGUGGAUUCAGUUUUUAUUGGAUUGUAAUCUGGAUUUUAAAUUAAACGAUUGGGGCGUUUUACGCACCAUAAAGGAGCGAAACAUUUAGAUUAUUUUCAAAACAGUUUUGCUUCCAAGUGCUUUUAUUGUUCACAGAGACGCGGUGAGAGGGGUUCCUCUUAUCAAGGCACGGGUGACUUCACCUGUCAUGCGGAAUACAAACUGGAGGAAUAGGAAAUUGUUUCUGGCUUAAGCCUAUGGUUACAGUUGUUACAUUUAUUGCAGCGUGCUCGAAAUGCAAGGAAAAGGGAAAUUAAUUUUCAACUCAAGUAAUUGUAAAGCUUGGUGAAUGAUUUACAAUUGAAUGCAACCUCUUUAGAGCCUCGGUCGACUUGGUGUUCAUAGGCCAUCUUCCGAAAUCCUCACAAGAUUUAUUGGAUAAAACACUGGCACUAUAUUUCAGGGGUUUUCGGAUCUUGGCUGCUGCAUUUAUAAUCACCAUGGUUCAUGCUGUUGGAAGAGAACCCGCGACCUGCAGUCUGGAAUGAAACUUGUCUGUGAUUUAUAGAACAGAGGACUGUUGGAGCAAUUACGCUCUCCUGGGAUUUCAUAUUUCGGAGAUGCAGUCAUAAAUGAAAGGAAAGCCUGAGCUUAGAAAAUACUAAAGUCCACAGCGCAAUUCCUGUCAUUUUUCUACCUAUAUAUUUUUAAAGGAAAUAUCCCACUUCCCCAUGGCGACCACAGUCAAACCCCCGCUGUGUGGUGUCGUCCGCUGGCUGCUCGCGCUGCUCCUCUCCCAGCUGCCCCCGCUCGCGCACGCCGCCUCCAAGGACAUAGUGUGCGAGCCCAUCACGGUUCCCAUGUGUAAGGGCAUCGGGUACAACCUCACCUACAUGCCCAACCAGUUCAACCACGACAGCCAGGAGGAGGUGGGGCUGGAGGUCCAUCAGUUCUGGCCCUUGGUCCGCAUCCGCUGCUCCCCAGACCUGCUCUUUUUCCUGUGUUCCAUGUACACCCCUAUCUGUCUGCAGGACUACAAGAAGCCCCUGCCCCCCUGCCGCUCUGUGUGUGAGCGGGCCAAGCGAGGCUGCUCCCCCCUCAUGAUCCAGUACGGUUUUGAGUGGCCAGAGAGGAUGAGUUGUGAGCAGCUGCCUCAGCUGGGAGACGAGACUCUGUGUAUGGACCAGAACAGUAGUGAGACCACCACCCUCUCCCCUCCCUUCCCCAAACCCACCCCCAAGGGCACCCGCCGCAGGCAGCCCGCCCCCAAGCCUCCCGCCCCACAGGAGUGUGACCGGGACUGCCGCUGUCGGGACCCUCUGGUGCCCAUCAAAAAAGACACCCACCCCUUAUACAACCGGGUCCACACUGGCCCUGUGGAUAACUGUGCCCAGCCCUGCCACCACCCUUACUUCUCCCAGGACGAACGCACCUUCACCACCUUUUGGAUCGGCCUGUGGUCCGUCCUGUGCUUCAUCUCCACCCUGACCACGGUGGCAACCUUCCUCAUCGACAUGGAGCGCUUCCAGUACCCCGAGAGACCCAUCAUCUUCCUGGCUGCCUGCUAUCUCUUUGUCUCCCUGGGCUACAUUAUACGACUAGUGGCGGGUCACGAGAGGGUGGCGUGCGCUGGGAGCGGAGACCAGAAGCACAUCCUGUAUGACACCACGGGCCCCGCCCUGUGUACCCUGGUCUUCCUGCUCAUCUACUUCUUCAGCAUGUCCAGCUCCAUCUGGUGGGUGGUGCUCUCCCUCACCUGGUUCCUGGCCGCGGGAAUGAAGUGGGGCAACGAGGCCAUCGCUGGCUACUCCCAGUACUUCCACUUGGCUGCCUGGCUGAUUCCCAGUGUCAAGUCCAUUGCGGUCCUCGCUCUGAGCUCUGUGGACGGAGACCCGGUGGCAGGGAUCUGCUACGUGGGGAACCAGAGUCUGGAGAGCCUGAGAGGGUUUGUGUUAGCUCCCCUUGUGGUCUACCUCUUCACCGGCUCCCUGUUCCUCCUAGCGGGCUUUGUGUCUCUGUUCCGCAUCCGCAGCAUCAUCAAACAGGGAGGGACCAAAACAGAUAAACUGGAGAAGCUGAUGAUCCGGAUUGGGUUGUUUACGGUGCUUUACACAGUUCCUGCUACUAUAGUAGUAGCCUGCCUGGUGUACGAACAGCACUACAGGCCUGGCUGGGACCAGGCUCUAUCCUGCUCCUGUCAGGCUGAGAGACAGAGGCUGGGCCUGGGGCCAGACUACGCCGUCUUCAUGUUGAAAUACUUCAUGUGUCUGGUGGUGGGCAUCACGUCGGGGGUGUGGAUCUGGUCUGGGAAGACCCUGGAGUCGUGGAGGAGGUUUACUGCUCGCUGCUGCCCCUGUUGGGUCUCCAUGCUCACCGUGCCCCCCUCCAUGUACAUCGAGGCCAGUACUGCCCUCACGGGACACCCCGGGGCUGCUCUUCCACCAGGGUCCUACCACAAACAUGCCCCGCCCUCACACGUGUGAAUGGGACCUCAGAGGGUAGAGGAGCCCCUAAUGCCAUGUGUCCAGUGAUAGCCUCCCUGUCAUAUGAGAACGGGCUUCACCUGGACAUUGGACAAGAUGGUGAAUGUGAUAAAGCACCACGCAGUUCUCUGGAAGCAAAAGGGUCAGAGGACGAGGAGGAGAUAACCAAGUCAUUCCACAGGUUGUAAAUACAACAGUUAUCGACAAACCUGCCUCACUGACUCUCUUCUUGGAACACAGAACAGGAAAAAAUGUGUUUUAAACCGAAAAGAAAAGAGGGAUAUUGUAGAAAUCCCAAUGUGAAUUUCUUUGAAAGAAAUGGGACGUUUGUAUCAUAUGAGCUCUUUGGUACAACUGGUGCGCAUUGCUGCUUUACAACUACUUCAACAGACCCACAGGGGUAUUCAACUCUUACCCUACGAGGCACGAAGCCUGCUGGUUUUCUGUUCUACCUGAUCAUUAAUUGCACCCACCUGGUGUCCCAGGUCUAUAUCAGUUCCUGAUUAGAGGGCAACAAUGAAAAAAACGCAGUGACACUUGCUUCGAGGUCCAGAGUUUAGUUUGAGGGCACUAGAACAUUCUCUGAGAGGGGAAAAAGGGAGAUGUGUUCUUAUCGGACUGUUGAUGGACAUAUAACCUGCACAUCUGUACUCCUGUACAUCUAUCUGGACCAUUAGAGAUGAGACUCACUAUUUAUUCCUGUAUAUAUGAUGCUCUAUAAAAUACUAUGGAUUGAGCUGGCCCAGAAUGCCCCCAUUAUCCAGGGUAUUAUUCAGUGUGGACACUGGGUCCGUAAUGGGUGAGAACUAAACAACUCUAGGAACACAAUGAAAAUAUUUAAUGUGCUUCUUUGCGAUCCCCAGUGAUGUGAUUUAAAUCACAAUAUUCUGUAUGAAUCUAGUAAAUGUGUGGUAUGGAUGUGUUUGCAUGCUGCUCGAGUUGAAUUAAUCCAGUAUGUACCAAUACACACAAUCUUUUUACCCUAUUCUGCCCGGUAAAAUCCAGCUUGGUUGACUGACUGGUCUGUGAACACCCUAGCCGGUCAGCAUGAUAGUAGGAUGAGGAUCUCUAGCCCAACUGUUGAUCAGUUUCUGGACUGGACCUAUGGUUAAAUCAGCUUCCAAAGAGGUAAUCUGAAAAUGGAUGUGUAGCCUACAAGUGUAUCAGUAAACAAAUUAUAGUCUAUCCUUUUCUCAACCAGUAUUUUCUUUUAGAAAUCAAUGUCAAAAGUAGCCUCUAUAAAACACAUGCUCGAUGAUAACCGCUGUACUGAGUUUAGUGCUUUGGAAUAGCCAUGAUAUUGAACAUGUUUUAAAGCGGUUUGGAGGGACUACUAUCUGUUUGUCAGAUCAGUGAUCUGUAUCAAGGGCCAGAAGAAAAGGGAUGGAGGAAGUGCACCUGGUUGUCUGUGUGUUACACCCCCUAGUGGUACACAAUGGACCUGUUCACACCAACCCAAUGGUAAACAUACAGGUAUCGAUCGCCUGUAAACUAGACUGAACCCUUGGAUACAUCUCCUACGGCUCUGCAUACAUUUUCAAUGACAGCGUCAGCACUCACGUUGAGUCAAAUGUUUAAAAAAAUGGUCAAAACAUUUCUGUUCAAUUACCGGCCUACACAUAAAAAACUGUCUUCUCACAAGGGAUAUACUGGCUGUAGGAACUGUGGUGGACAGCUAGACUAGAACAUGGUUAACUCUGGGUGAACCAAAACCAGUUGCUGUUUUCUGCCUUUCUACUUUGUUGUGCUUCAGUGUUUUUCUAACCAGACUAGUGUGUAAAUGGUCCAGUGUCUGUUUCAUUUAUUAGCCUGUUUCCUGACAUUCCCUGUGUGUGUGUGUGUGUGAGAGAGAGUGUUGUACCCCAUCAUUUGUAAGUCUGCUUUGGCGUCCUUCAGUAGUCUGGACUGCAGCUUUAUGUGUACUACAUUCAAGGACAUGAAAUGUGGCAAAUUCAUUGCUGAGACUUUACAAUAAAGAUUUUUUUCUAGAUAUUUAUGAAGAUGCAGUUCUCCCCUAAUCUUGGGUUUCAUUUAUCUCUGACUGCUAGAGAAUAAAACUGUGGACCAAUCUG